AGCACUCUAUCAACCACCAUGAGAGCUCAAGGUGGCCGCCGUCUCUGGCCACAUUUGCUUAUCGCUAUGGCUUUAGCGACGCUUUUAAAUACUUCUGUUUCUGCUGACCCUUACGUCUAUGCUUCUCCACCUCCUCCUUACGAAUACAAGUCGCCUCCUCCGCCUUCCCCAUCACCCCCGACUCCCUAUGUAUACAAGUCACCACCUCCUCCUUCGCCAUCACCCCCGCCUCCCUAUGUAUACACUUCACCUCCUCCCCCGUCACCAUCACCCCCGCCUCCCUAUGUAUACAAGUCACCUCCUCCCCCGUCACCAUCUCCUCCACCACCUUAUUAUUAUAAAUCACCUCCUCCACCUUCUCCAUCACCACCUCCUCCAUAUUAUUACAAAUCUCCACCGCCUCCUUCCCCGUCUCCUCCUCCACCCUACUACUACAAGUCUCCCCCACCGCCUUUGCCUUCCCCUCCUCCACCAUACUACUACAAAUCUCCCCCUCCUCCAUCUCCAUCUCCACCUCCACCAUACUAUUAUAAAUCUCCCCCACCACCAUCUCCAUCUUCACCUCUACCAUACUAUUAUAAAUCUCCCCCACCACCAUCUCCAUCUUCACCUCUACCAUACUAUUAUAAAUCUCCCCCACCACCAUCUCCAUCUCCUCCUCCCCCUUACUAUUAUAAAUCUCCCCCACCACCAUCUCCAUCUCCUCCUCCCCCAUACUACUACAAGUCCCCUCCUCCUCCGUCACCAUCUCCUCCUCCACCUUACUAUUACAAGUCCCCACCGCCGCCAUCACCAUCUCCUCCUCCACCAUAUUACUACAAGUCGACACCUCCACCUUCUCCAUCUCCGCCUCCUCCAUACUACUAUAAAUCUCCACCACCUCCUUCACCAUCUCCGCCUCCUCCAUAUUACUACAAGUCUCCUCCCCCUCCAUUGCUUUCUCCACCUCCACCAUACUACUAUAAAUCACCACCACCUCCAUCACCAUCUCCUCCACCACCAUAUUACUACAAAUCCCCGCCUCCUCCAUCUAAAUCUCCACCAAAGCCCUACAUUUACAAAUCACCUCCUCCUCCAUCUAAAUCUCCACCAAAGCCCAACUAUUACAACUCUCCACCCCCACCAUCUCCAACCUACCUUUAUAAAUCACCACCUCCUCCUUCUUACUAUUACAAGUCUCCACCACCCACUUUUUACUAUCCUCCUCACUCUUACCGUCCUUUGGUUGUAAAAGUUGUUGGAAAAGUUUACUGCUAUAAAUGCUAUGAUUGGACAUACCCAAAAAACUCUCAUGACAAGAAACAUCUCAAAGGUGCUAUAGUGGAAUUAACAUGUACAGCUGGUAAAAAAGAAAUUUUGGCCUAUGGUACAACUAAGAUAAAUGGCAAGUUUGCGGUCACUCUUGAUGGCUUUGAUUACAAGAAAUAUGGAGUUGAGGCAUGCAAAGCCAAGCUCCAUGCACCACCUAAAGGUUCGACAUGCAACAUCCCGACAAACCUCCAUUGGGGAAUUACAGGUGCCAAGUUAAAGGUGAAGUCCAAGACUGAAUAUGAAGUUGUGCUCUCUGCCGAGCCUUUCGCCUAUGCCCCAAAGGCUCCUUCGAAAGAGUGUGAGAAGCCUAAGCCAAAGCCUACUCCUUCACCAUAUUAUUACAAAUCGCCUCCUCCCCCAGUCUACUACUAUAAAUCACCACCACCUCCUCCAACUUAUGCAUAUAAAUCACCACCACCUCCACCAUACUACUACAAAUCUCCUCCACCACCAUCGCCAUCACCUCCACCACCUUACUACUAUAAGUCUCCGCCACCACCAUCCCCAUCACCUCCACCACCAUACUACUAUAAGUCUCCACCACCACCAAUGCCAUCACCUCCACCACCUUAUUACUAUAAGUCUCCCCCACCACCAUCGCCAUCACCUCCACCACCAUACUACUAUAAGUCUCCACCACCACCACCACCAUCGCCUUCACCUCCACCACCUUACUACUAUAAGUCUCCCCCACCACCAUCACCAUCACCUCCACCACCAUACUACUAUAAGUCUCCCCCACCGCCAUCUCCAUCACCUCCCCCACCUUACUACUAUAAAUCUCCCCCACCGCCUUCACCAUCUCCUCCACCACCAUACUACUACAAGUCUCCACCACCACCAUUGUCAUCUCCUCCUCCACCGUACUACUAUAAAUCUCCCCCACCACCUUCGCCAUCUCCUCCAUCACCGUACUACUACAAAUCUCCACCACCACCAUCGUCAUCUACUCCUCCACCAUACAUCUACAAGUCUCCACCACCAACUUCACCAUCUCCUCCACCACCUUACUAUUACAAGUCACCUCCUCCACCCUCUCCGUCUCCUCCCCCACCUUACUAUUACAAAUCGCCUUCUCCACCAUCUCCAUCUCCACCACCGCCUUACUACUACAAGUCUCCACCACCACCAUCCCCCCCUCCUCCGCCACCUUACUUUUACAAAUCUCCCCCACCACCAUCCCCAUCUCCACCACCACCAUAUUACUACAAAUCUCCUCCACCACCUUCGCCAUCUCCUCCAUCACCAUACUACUACAAAUCUCCACCACCACCAUCGUCAUCUCCUCUUCCACCAUACAUCUACAAGUCUCCACCACCACCUUCACCAUCUCCUCCACCACCUUACUAUUACAAGUCACCUCCUCCACCCUCUCCGUCUCCUCCCCCACCUUACUAUUACAAAUCGCCUCCUCCACCAUCUCCAUCUCCACCACCGCCUUACUACUACAAGUCUCCACCACCACCAUCCCCCUCUCCUCCACCACCUUACUUUUACAAAUCUCCCCCACCACCAUCCCCAUCUCCACCACCAUAUUACUACAAAUCUCCUCCACCACCAUCCCCAUAUCCUCCACCACCAUACUACUACAAUUCUCCACCACCACCAUCACCGUCUCCUCCACCCCCUUACUACUACAGCUCUCCAUCUCCUCCAUCACCAUCACCACCUCCAUCAUAUUACUAUUCAUCUCCACCACCACCAAUUCAUUACUAA